UUGGGAUCGAAACAUUUUAAAUUAUACGCAAAUUCAAAAACGAAAUAUGUUUAUUCAAACACACGAAACACCUAAUCCAAACAGCUUGAAGUUUGUUCCCGGUGUAGAAAUUCUAGGAAAAGGGCAAACCAAAGAUUUUCUCAAAAUAACCGAUGCUGUAUGUUCACCAUUAGCAAAAAUGUUGUUUCGCAUUGAAGGUGUUAAAUCGGUUUUUUUUGGUCCAGAUUUUAUUACAAUUACCAAAGCAGAUGAAGAUUUGGAGUGGUAUGUUAUGAAACCCGAAGUUUUUGCUGUUAUAAUGGAUUUUUUUGCAAGUGAUCUUCCUGUUAUGAGAGAUGUUGAAAGCUCGUCAACAACAAACGAAGAUGAUGAUGAAAUUGUACAGAUGAUUAAAGAACUUUUAGAUACUAAAAUAAGACCUACAGUUCAAGAAGAUGGAGGGGAUAUAGUGUUUGUGAGUUUUACAAAUGGUACAUUAAAAAUAAGAAUGCAAGGUUCAUGCACAAAUUGUCCAAGUUCAAAUGUCACUUUAAAAAACGGAAUUGAAAAUAUGAUGCAAUUUUAUAUACCAGAAGUACUGUGUGUCGAAGAAGCAGAAACUGAGAUGGACGUAGUUUCCAAAACUGAACUCGAAAAACUCGAGAAGAAACUCGAUAAAUCGCAUGACGAAUAGAAGUAAUUUUAUAAAACUUUAUUGCGACAUUAC